GCAAGAGUAACGUUGUACUACUUUUUUAGAUGUAGCUGCGUUUGAGGUGCAAGUUCAUGUAAUCAACUGACCUUUUCCUCAACUUGUGACACAGAGCGGAGAAGAAGCGUUCGUACUAUGAAACAGAAGGAGCUAGAGCUUGAAGAAAGUUUACAGUCUCGGCCAGACGAUCCUGGUCUCCAUUUAGAUCUGGGACUGCAUCUAUGGGAGAAGGCUGACAGCAAUAGUGUUGAAGAAGAGACCCGGAGGAAGGCUGUCGAACAAUUUCUCAUAUCUGCUAAACUCAACCCUCAGAAUGGGGUACCUUUUAGGUAUUUGGGUCAUUAUUACGCCUGCUUCUCGUGUGAUCCUCAAAGGGCUUUGAAGUGCUACCACCGAGCUAUUUCUCUCAAUCCCGAUGAUUCUGAUGCUGGGGAAGAGAUGUGUGAACUACUGGAAGAAAGUGGAAAAGAGAACCUGGAGAUAGCUGUCUGUCGAGAGGCCUCAGAAAAGUCAACUCGUGCCUUUUGGGCUUUCCGCAGACUUGGUUAUCUUCUGGUCCACCAACAAAAAUGGGCUGAUGCAAUACCAAGUCUUCAGCAUGCUAUCAGAGGGUAUCCCACAUGUACUGAUUUGUGGGAGGCACUAGGUCUUUCCUAUCAGCAGAUGGGUAUGUUCACUGCUGCGACUAAGUCGUAUGGGCGAGCUAUUGAGUUAGAUGAAUCAAGAGUUUUUGCAUUGGUUGAAAGUGGGAAUAUAUUUUUGAUGCUUGGAGGCUUUAAGCAGGGAGUUGAGCAGUUCCGCCAAGCUAUAUUGACAUCACCUCUCAAUGUAUCUGCUCAUUAUGGCCUUGCAUCUGCACUUUUUUGUUUGGCAAAGGAAUGCCUAAGCUCAGGUGCAUUUAGAUGGGGAGCUUCAUUAUUAGAGGAGGCAUCUAAGGUCGCCAUAACAUGUGCAUCGUUAGCUGGUAACUUUUCAUGCAUAUGGAAACUUCACGGUGAUAUGCAGCUCAUGUAUGCAAAAUGUUUCCCUUGGAUCGAUAAAGGAUGUGGCUCACAAUCAGAUGAGGAAGCAUUUACUAACUCAGUCUUUUCCUGGAAGAGAGCCUGCUACAUAGCUGCAGUGUCAGCCAGUUGUUCUUAUCAAAGGGCUUUACAUUUUACUCCUUGGCUAGCGAACUAUUAUACGGAUGUUGCUAUUGCAUCGGAGCUCUGUUUUUCUUUGAAGGAGAGUCAAACAAAUGAUUUAAAUACAUGGUCCCUGUCUGAAAAGAUGUGCCUUGGGGGGUUAUUGCUUGAGGGUUGCAAUAAUGAGUUUUGGUUGGCUUUGGGAUGUCUAUCACAUUGCACAGUGUUGAAACAACAUGCUUUUAUAAGAGGCUUGCAGUUGGAUGUCUCUGUGGCUGUCGCAUGGGCAUACCUUGGGAAACUAUACAGGAAAGUGGGUGAACGACAAUUAGCGCAGCAUGCAUUUGAUUCUGCAAGAAGUAUUGAUCCUUCUCUUUCACUGCCAUGGGCUGGCAUGUCAGCUGAUGCCAGUGUGAGGAACCUGAAACAAGAGGAAGCAUAUGAGUGCUGUCUUCGAGCUGUUCAGAUUUUUCCUCUUGCUGAGUUUCAAAUUGGUUUGGCGAAACUUGCUCUACAUUCUGGUAACCUCAAGUCCUCAGAGGUAUAUAGAGCUACCCAGCAAGCCUUGCACCAUCUCCCUACUUAUCCUGAAUCUCACAACUUGAGAGGGCUAGUAUGUGAGGCAAGACAGGAUUAUCAAAAUGCUAUUCCAUCAUAUAGGUUAGCAUGCUACACAGCAAUCAUGUUUGGUGGAAAAGAAUUAAAGACUUAUCUCAAGAGUAUAUCAACUAACCUAGCCAGGUGUCUCUGUAAGGCAGGAAAUGUUGAUGAUGCUGCUCACGAGUGUGAAGAUUUGGAUAGAAAAGGUCUUCUUGAUGCUGAAGGUUUACAGAUUUAUGCACUGUGCUUGUGGAAACUCGGAAACGAUAAUCUUUCUUUAUCAGUGGCAGGAAAACUUGCGGAAAAUGUUUCAUCCAUGAAUCAGUCAUUGGCGGCAACAUCUAUUAGUUUUAUUUGUAGAUUGCGAUAUCUGAUAUCAGGGCAUGAUGCUUCUGUUUUAUUCUUAUUGAAACUACCAAAGGGAUUAUUACGAAGUCCAAAAGUCAGUUUUGUAGCAUCAGCUAUUGUUGCAUUAGAUCACAGGAAUCAGCUUGAUUCAGCUAUUUCAAUCACUACUAAUUCAACUGUUUCGGUUGAAGAGCAUGCUACAAUGGAUUGUCUAGCAGCAAUGGGUGAACUAUUGAAACAUGGAUCUAGGGAUUGCCUUGGAUUUAAGGAAGGACUUCAGUAUGUGCGCAAAUCACUGCAUAUAUAUCCCAAUAGUCACUUGUUAAGGAAUCUUCUUGGCCAUCUACUGUUAUUAAGCACAGAAGGUAUACAUCUUCACACUUCAACUAGAUGCAUUAUCAUGGACCCUUCUUACCACCCAAAUCCUGAUGAUAAAAGAUCUGCACUUGCGAUUCUUGGUGCUGAGGGAGUAGCUUGCCAUGCCUUACGAUGUGUGUCACUCACACAAUGCAAAGAGAAGCCUACAUCUAGAUGCAAUACUGUGCAGCUGUUACAGAAGUACUUGCAUCAAGAGCCAUGGAAUCAAAGUACACGGUACUUGCUCAUAGCUAACUUCUUUCAAAGGACUAGAAGGGAGAGAUUUCCUCAUUAUCUAUGUGCAGCACUUGACCGGCUUACUAGUUGUGUGCUUUGUAAUGAGUUUUAUUCAAUAAAGGACCUUGCUCAUCAGUAUCAGAAGUUCCAGCUCUUACUUAUUGCAGCUGAGGUCAGUUUGCAAUGUGGGAACUACUCUAACUGCAUCACGAAUGCUAAAACUGCUACGAAUCUAUCACUACCCAAUCAGUAUAUGUUCUUUGCUCACUUGCUUCUAUGCCGUGUGUAUGCUGUGGAAGAGAAUCCUGUGAAAUUAUCUGAUGAAUAUCUGAAAUGCUUGGGGCUUAAAACUGGUUGUCAUAUUGGUUGGAUUUGUCUUCAGUUUCUUGAAUCGCAAUACAAACUAUACACAGAUUCCACUGCAUUAGCUUUAAGAAUUGAGGAGCACUCAAAAUAUGUGAGUCAUUCAUGGAACCCUUGGCUAGCUAUAUUCAACUUGGUGCAUGGUCUGAGUGCAAUUUGGACUAGAGAUUUCUCUGGUGCAGAAGAAUAUCUUUUACAAGCUUGCUCAUUAGCCAGUGGCGAGAGCUUCCUAUUUCUUUGUCAUGCGUACCACUGCCCAUACGCGCUGACAAGAAUUUCAGUCGAGGAGCUCUUUAUUUUCUGGUGCCAUCUGCAUGGAGCUUGCCAGGCAGUAUUGUGAUUCAAAGUUCAUAAAAACUGCAAUUAGGAGCCUAAAGAAAGCUAAAGAUGCAACUCCCGUUUGUAUGCCUUUUAUCUCACUGUUGUUGGCGCUAUUAGAAGCGAGCCUUGGAUCAAAGACAAAGUGGGUGAAGCACCUUCUUGAGGAAUGGUCAUGUUGGCCACCAGAAAUGAGGCCGGCUGAACUGUGCUUCCAAAUGCAUUUGGUUUCUAGAUGGGCAUCACAAGGUGGUGGAGAGGAUUCGUCAUCAUCCUCGUUGUUGGAGGGUUAUGCAAAUCCUCCUAUAAGAGCGAUGCUCCAAGCUAUCCACUUGAAUCCGUCUUCUUCUAGAUACCGGAGAGUUUUGACGAGUUAAUUUCUAACUAGCGACUACUGAUCACUUGACAGGCGGAUGAUGAGUAAAUUAACUUCCUGAGUUACCUUUCAUUAGAUUUAUUUGUGAGUAAUAAGUAUUAUAAUAUAAGUUAUAAUUAAUUUAAUUGUCCACAAUAUUUACAAACUCUCAAAUAAUUCAUAUUGUUUAGUUCAAUAAUUUUUUUUAUUAUGGUGUAAUACUUUCAUGACUUGAUGUUAUCUGUACCAAAAAAUCUAAAUAUAAGUGACAUAAUUGAUCAACUUGGC